ACUCGUUCCGCCUGCUCCUUGCUGCACACAGGCAGAUACUGCUCGUUCAUAGAAAAGGAUGGGAUAUAAUAAAAGUCUCUUGACUGAGAGGAUGAUCUGAUGGGAAGAUUCCCUUUAAUCGGCCAUUUAACCGUAUGUGGCUGAUGCAGUGAAAUCUGGGAAAAACGAAGACCUUUGACUUUUAAUAGUUUGUACACCACAAGACUGGGCGUAUUGGAAGACUUUAGAUUGAUGUACAAUGCAGCGCUGCUCCUGGACCCUGCACACUUGAGAACGCUUCUACUGAAGAACCUGGAAUGGAAUCAGCGGACAGUGCAAGGCAUCUGAAAUUACCCACAUCUGCGCUGGCCAUGUGUUGGGAGUCCUUGGCACAUACCUCACGAGAAGAAUGUUUCCUUGGGUGCCAGCAGCUUCAUAUAAACAAAACUGAGAUCAUUCAUCCUGAGAGAGAUGACGACAAGAGUUCAGAGAACACCACUUCAUCUCCACUGUGCUGUGUGGAGAACCCAUUGGGAUUGUGCAGGGGGCCUGAACAGUCCAAUCUGAAUACUGAACCGAAUGGGAGUCAGCAACAUGGAAUUUCACCGUUGCCUGCGGAAUGGAAAUUGAGAAGUGACGCUGAGGAACUAGAUUCUGCCUCGAUUCACAGGGUGCCUUCCAUUUCCUCUGCAGUUCUGCACAAGAACACAUGUGUUACUGAAGGCCCACCAAUUGAGCUAAAAGUCAAGAAUCUUGGAUCAAGUGUCAUUGCGUUUUCUGACUAUGGGUCCCCAACUGAAUCUUCACCCUGUAAAACUGCUGAGCUCUACAUUUCUGAGGUAUCAGAUGGGUUUUGUGGACCUGCUUCAUCUGAAGAGAUGCCACACAAUGCGGGAUAUUUUAUGAGAGCAAGAAAGCAAGGUGUCAGUGGAGAGCAGAGAAACACUGUGCGUGCACCUCUCUGCCAGCUUAGGAAACACAUGGAGGGAGUGAACAUCCAUGAGAAAGACAACCCAGCCGAGGAUAAGGAAAUGAGAGAAGAGAAUUCAGUGGAAGCAUUGCUAAUGGCUACAACACUCAGCAUCCGCCUCCGCAAUGAAUAUGCCAUUUCACAUGAAGAUGUCUUCCAUUGGAGAGACUCCAUGACUUUACUGAUGAGGAAGCUUGAUAGGCUGAACCUGGACAUCGAGGAUGCACUUAGUGCUACCCCCUCCCCUGCCAGCACACCCGCCAUCAAACGACGUCGCCGCCAACACCUAGCACUGCCACUGAAGCUGAGCCAGGAGACAGCCGAGAUAGAUGCCAAGGAAGCCUGUGAGUGGCUGCGAGCUGCAGGAUUCCCUCAGUAUGCACAACUGUAUGAAGAUUCCCAAUUCCCAAUUGACAUUGUUUCCGUGAAGAAAGAUCAUGAUUUUCUUGACAAAGAUUUCAUAGAACCACUUUGUAGGCGACUGAACACAUUGAACAAGUGCACGUCUAUGAAAAUAGAUAUCAGCCUUCCCAAGAAAAAAAGUGAAGACUCAGAUGAAGAAGAGCUGUGUGCGAUUAGUGACAAGUGGACUUUUCAAAGAAGCAGCAAGAGAUGGUCGAGGCUGGACGACAUUGACGUGUUGUUUCCAAGACAGGAUGGCCACGUGUCCGCGGGGGGCAUGAAACUCAAGAAUACAACCAGCAGCGAGAGCGUGUUAACGGACCUCAGCGAACCCGAGGUCUCCUCCAUUCACAGUGAAAGCAGCGGGGGAAGCGACAACCGCAGUCUCGCCAGUAGAGCCGUGGAAACGAACAGUGUGGCCACGGAGCACCCGGACUGUUCCCUGCGGAACUGCGCUGAACCCGUCGCGAUGCCGGAUGCCAUCUCGCUGCACAGUGCGUUCCCACAGACUGCGAAAGACUGCAGCUUUGGUGCCAAAGCAGAAAAGAAUGCAAGAGUGAAAGCCAGGAACCUGCUAAAACGCAUGGAAACGUUAAGACCCAGAGCCUCUCACAAGUUAAAGGGCUCCAUGCGUUUGGGACCUUUGGUCAUUAGUUCUCCCGUGCUACAGCAGGAACCGGAGUCGUUGAAGACCAUGCGCUGCGUGGACAUUGUCAAUGGACAUCUUCACAGUAUGGCGAGGGAUUCUACCAAGAGUGGCUUCUCAUCAUCCACUCAGUCGAGUAGCGACAGCCACUCCGAAAACAGCGGGAGCGCGGUGAGCACGCCGUGCUUGCAGUCAAGGAAGAGGCGCUUGAACAGCAAGCGGAGCGGCAUGUAUCUCGAAGACAUGGACAUCUUGUCGGGGGCGACCACGAGGCAAGUGGCCGACCACAACCGCCGGAAUGAAUUCUCCUCCCAGGAGCACCUCGUCGUUCAUAUCCCCAAGGAUCACAAACCAGGUACCUUUCCCAAAGCUCUGUCCAUCGAAAGUCUAUCCCCCUCCGACAAGUGCAGCGCUGUCAACUGGCGGACUGGGAGCAUCUCGCUGAGCAAGCAGAAGUGCGGCAUGGGCAAGCCCAAGAGCUGCUACCCCGGGGCAAGCAGGAUCAGUAUCUACGACAACGUGCCAGGCUCCCACUUGUACGCCAGCACCGGCGACCUCAUGGACCUGGAGAAGGAAGAUCUUUUCCCCCACUUGGACGACAUAUUGCAGCACGUCAACGGGUUGCAGCAAAUCGUGGACCAUUGGUCACGGAACAUCUUGCCCGAGAUACAGGAUGACCAGCUCUCGGUCUGCGAGCAACCCUACAGCUCCUCCAAUCACCUGAUGCUCGACUUCGAAAGACACUCCAUGUCCGACGGUCAGAUCACGCCCAGCGACCUGGAUCGCGACGGGCACUCGCUCAACGAGGCGGAGGCAGUGGGAAUGCGGGAACGCCGGGAUUCCGGAGUAGGGGCGUCGUUAACCAGGCCCAGCAGGCGUCAGAGGUUACGAUGGCACAGUUUCCAGAUCUCACAUCGGCUCAGCUUCACUCUAGCCUCGUUGCAGAUCAGCAGCCACACUGCCGCCCAGCUCAAUUUGCUGCAGAAGUUCUCCCUCCUGCGACUCACAGCGAUAAUGGAGACUUAUUCCAUGUCCAACAAACACGGCUGGACCUGGUCUGUGCCAAAGUUCAUGAAGAGGAUGAAGGUGCCCGACUACAAAGACAAGAAUGUGUUUGGUGUGCCUUUGAUAGUUCAUGUACAGAGGACAGGACAGCCUCUCCCACAGAGCAUUCAACAGGCCAUGCGUUAUCUCAGGAGUCAAUGCCUGGAUCAGGUGGGUCUCUUCAGGAAAUCUGGAGCCAAAUCCCGAAUUCAGGCACUUCGGCAGAUGAACGAGGCUUCACCGGAUAUUGUCAACUAUGAAGAUCAGUGCCCGUAUGAUGUGGCUGACAUGCUGAAGCAGUUCUUCCGCGAUCUUCCCGAUCCUCUGCUGACCAGCAAACUCGGGGAAACCUUUCUACACAUCUAUCAGUAUGUCCCCAGAGAGCAGAGGCUCCAGGCGGUGCAGGCAGCCAGCAUGCUGAUGGCCGAUGAAAACCGUGAGGUCCUGCAGACACUUCUCUGUUUCCUCAGCGACGUUACGUCCGUAACUGAAAACCAAAUGACUGCCAUGAACCUUGCCGUCUGCCUUGCUCCUUCCCUCUUCCACCUCAACUUGCUAAAGAAAGGAUGCGCCUCGCCAAGGGUAAUGCAGCGCAAGUAUGCAACAGGGAAACCUGAUCAGAAAGAUUUGAACGAAAACUUGGCAGCAACUCAGGGCUUGGCACAGAUGAUUGCAGAGUGCAACAAAAUUUUCCAGAUCCCUCAGGAUGUGAUGACACAAUCACGGAACUCCUACAUUGAAGCUGAUGCACACCCUUUGACUCUGGAGGAACUGGGCAAGCACCUGGAAGAUGAGGGGGCAAACUACCAGACGUACCUGGAGAAUCUAAUACAGAACCUUCACAAAGAAGCCAGAGAGAAAUUUAAAGGCUGGAUUUCAUGUUCAUGCCUUGACAACAUUGAACUUGCUUAUAAGAAGGUUGGUGAUGGUCACCCUCUCCGCCUGUGGAAGGUGUCGAUUGAGGUGGAGGCUCCCCCCUCGGUCGUGCUAAGCCGGGUGCUGAGAGAGCGGCACCUUUGGGACGAUGACCUCCUCCAGUGGAAGAUCAUCGAGAGCCUGGACAAGCAGACAGAAGUCUUCCAGUAUGUCCUGAACAGCAUGGCCCCUCAUCCCAGCAGAGACUUUGUCACUCUGAGAACGUGGCGGACGGAUUUACCGAAAGGAACCAGUGCCCUGGUAGCCAUCUCUAUAGAGCAUGACGAGGCACCCCUGGUGGGCGGAGUGCGGGCCAUGGUCAUGGACAGUCAGUGUCUGAUUGAGCCAUGUGGCUCUGGGAAAUCCAGAAUGACUCAAAUCAGCCGAGUUGAUCUGAGGGGUCGGACUCCAGAAUGGUACAACAAAGCCUUUGGAUAUCUCUGUGCCGCAGACGUUGCUCGAAUUAGGAACUCAUUUCAACCUAUCAAUGCAGAAGGGCCAGAAACCAAGAUCUGAAAAGGCAAAGACUCCGGGAGGAAAAUGGAUGUCAUUUGACAGGAUACGUACACAAGGAAAUGGAGAAAGGGACGAUGAAGUGAUUCACACUAAUGAUGGAUCGUCUGGUGAAUAGAUUUGUAAAAUUAUCAAGCGACUCGCCUGCUAGAAAUCUCGCAGUGCUAUACGGUUGCCAUGGUAUUCCUCGGGAUUAUUGACACAGUGGUGUUGAACUACAUUGUAUGUGGUGAACGUGCCAACAUCGCCUCUUUGUCUGUGAUUCGAGCUCUUAAAAUCCCUGAGCCCGUUGCUGAAUCGGUUUCUAAAAGAUCACGCCAACCAGAGCUGUUAGGAAAGCUAUUGUUUCAACAUUUCUUUUUCGUUUUUAAUUUAUCCAUGUGGGCACAGUGGGCUCUAGGUCGAGGACGUUGUAAUGGGGCUCCUAAAUAAUAAAAUCCACUAAACUACACACGAUUUUAAUCUGUGCCUUGCACAGCUUUGAGGAAUAGAUGCUUCUGAGAAGCAUUUUCAUUUAUAUAGAUAUAUGUGCAUAAUAAAUAUAUAUAUAUAUAUGUAGAUAAUAAAGAUAUCUAUGAAGAAUAAGCAUAAAUAUAUAUAAAACUGUAUCCAGAUUUUAAGUCUUUAACAAUCAGCUGUUGUGCUGGCUAAUGAGCUGAUGUUCCUGUCAUUAUGAACCCAAUAUCUUGCCAUUGAAUUUGAUGCAGCAUUUUCUGUACAUGCCUGAUGCGAGGCCAAUUUGGCUGUGACCUUUAUCAAGGUCAGAUUUGCAUUUGAUACGUUGCCGUUGACUACCUGUCAUGAAAAUAGUCUGAAGAAGGGUCCUGACCCGAAAUGUCGCCCAUCCAGAUUCUCCAGAGAUGCUGCCUGACCCGCUGAGUUACUCCAGCACUUUUGUGUUCUUCAGAACCAUCAACAGACCUAGAAGUAAUGUGCAUGUACAAAUAGAGUAGACUGUUUCACUAAGUCCCUCCUUUCCAAUAUGCUGCACGCACGCACGCACACACACACACACACACACACACACACACACACACACACACACACACACACACACACACACACACACACACACACAUAAAUGCACACACAUAAAUGCACACACAUAAAUGCACACACAUAUCUAAACACACACAUAUCUAAACACACACAUAUCUAAAUGCACACACAUAUAAAUACACACAUAUAUAA